UUACACAUUAUUCCUCUUUGGGGUUGUUAGAUCUGCUGACCUAAAAGCACUUCAUUAAACUUCUUCUAUCAGAGAGGUUCCAGCACACAGGACUGAUAGAGCUCCAGUAGAUCAUAUCUGUAAAGUCAUGUGACUCAUCACAGCAUCAGAAUAGACAAGAAUUCACUGUCAGCUUCACAUCUCAUUACAGCUAAUGGACCAAUCAAAUCAGUCCACAGCUUCAAAACAUCCAAUCAGGCGUGAGUCUGGACCUGGUUUUCUACUGAACACACAAGUUCAUUACCUCACUAUCACUUUGUCUAAACAGGAACGAUGAUCGCACUCUUUGUCGCUCUUUACUCUCUGCUUUGUCUCUGCACAGCUGGAAAAACUUCUGACAUCAAGGAGCUUGAUGUGAAAACAGUAAAGCGUGGAGAAAAUGUAACUAUGGAGUGUAACAUUAGCAGGGUCAAAGACAAAGAUAAGGUAGCUUGGUACAGACAGAGUUUUGGAAAAUUGCCUCAGUUAUUUGCAAGACCAUACAGUAGCAAAUUGGGCUACACAUUUGAUGAGGCAUUUAAAGAUAGCCGCUUCAGUAUUACUGUAAAUGAACAUAAGUUUGAUCUCUACAUUAUCAAAAUGGUAGAAGAUGAUGGAGGAGAUUAUUUCUGUGGAGAAUUGGAGGGAAAUGCACUAAAGUUCACAUCUGGAACACGUCUGCAAUUUGAAGCUGAAGAGAUGAAACUCUGUCCUACACCUGGAACGGUUAACAAGAACACAGAUUCUGUUACACUCCAGGGUUCAGACAGCAGCGAUGGAAAAGGUAACAGUUGUACUGAUCAGAUGCAUGUGCUGUUCUGGCUCUCCAUUGUUAGAGUUGGAGUUCUUGCCUUCAUGAUUAUUGUCUUUCCAAUAAUCCUCCUUGUUUUCAAAUUAAGAUCAAAUUAA